UUUGUCUAUGAAUACUAGACUACAAUAUAACCUUAAAUUUUUUGGAUAUAUAAUUUUUCUUAGAACAUUAAUGAUCUAUAUUCUAAGAUAAUUUUUAUACAAUGAUAAAAUUCAGAAAGAGUGAAAAUAUAUUUUUAUAAAGCAGGAAGCAAUUUGUCCUCAUCAUAAGAAUUUCCGAAUAACAAUAUUUGUUUCCAAUAUCCUUCUUCAUCGUUAUUUUUGUUUAGAUUUUCUUAUUUGGAAGGGAGCUUUUUUCUAAAAUUUCCCAUCUAUAUUCAAUUAUUCGUUAUUAAAUUCUCUAAAUAAAUCAAUAACAAUGAAUCCUCUAACGAACAUGAAAAAUGUUACUAAACUUAGUGAACGAGAAUUGCACAAUAAUAGCAAAUCUUCUUGGCAUGACCAGUAUCGAGACAGCGCUUGGAUAUUUAUUGGUGGUCUUCCUUACGAUUUAACUGAAGGCGACAUUAUUUGCAUUUUUUCCCAGUAUGGAGAAAUAGUGAACAUUAAUCUUAUCAGAGACAAAGAUAAUGGAAAAUCUAAGGGAUUUUGUUUUUUGUGCUAUGAGGAUCAAAGAUCUACAGUAUUAGCGGUAGAUAAUUUGAAUGGUAUCAAAGUUCUCACUAGAAUUUUAAGAGUUGAUCAUGUAAGUGAAUAUAAAGUUCCUAAAGAAGGUAAACAGACUAGUGAAGAAACUAAAAAGUUAUAUAAUGAAGGAUGUGCGCCAAAAGCCUUUGUACCUGUUGUUAAGAACCCAUUAAUGGAAAACCCAGAGUAUAGAAGAGAAACUUUAGCUGAUCAAAUUCAAGCAGACAUAAGAUUACCUGCAAGAUUACCUAUUCGUAUAGAAGUAAAGAAAGAGAUUGAUUCAGAUGGACCUAUAACAGUGAAAACUGAAAAAAAAAAGAAAAAAAAAUCAAAGAAACAUUCUACUAGUGAAGAUAGUUCAGACUCUGAUAGUAGGAAGAAUAAUAAAAAGAACAGAAGACACAAACGAUUUAAUUCAAUUUCAGAAUCGGAAAGUGAAAAUGGUAAAAAAAGGGAUCGUUCACAAAGUGAAGAGAGGAAAAUCAGACACAAGAGAUCAAUAAGUGAAGAACAAAGUGGAAAAUCAACAGAUAGAUUCAAAAAAAACAUGAAGAGAGAAAGAAGCAGAUCACAAAGUUACGAUAAAAAAAAGAAGAGGAGAAGUAGAUCUAGAAGUGUUGAAAGGAAAUCAAGAAGAAGCUUAUCUAGAGAUGAGUCAGAUAGAGGCAGCAGAAGGCUUUCAAAAUCUUAUAAGAGUAAACGUGAUAAAUAUAGGAGAUCAAGAAGUUGAGGAAUAAUCUUAAUUUAAAAGAAUUAAUCUCAACACAUAUAUGAUAUAAAGACAGAUUCUUUAUGAAAAUAUUAGAAUAUAUGAUUAUUUCCCUGUU